UACAGCAGAAUCCUAGCGAUAGGAAGAAAAACUCAGAAGAAAGAGCCGACGUCUGCCCAGGAGAGGAAAGUACACAGGGGCAGUAAGUCUGGAUGAAAAAACAAAUAACUGGGAAGGAGAGCAAGACAGAAGACAAAAGUGACAGCUGUUGGACGGAGUAAGAGAGGAGCAGCAGAGCAGAGAGGGAGGGAGAGGGAGGAGAAAGGAGAAAGAGAUAAGAGUGUGGCAAGCAGCAUAUUGAGAGGAAGCACAUGGUGUAAAAAUGCCCACCAACUUCACUGUGGUCCCAGUGAAGGACAACAGUAGGAAGGCAAAAGAGGGGGAUGAUGAAGAUGUGGAUGACAACAAUGUGGUGAAAGAGGAAGAGGAAGACCCCACAGGUGAUGGCGUCCCAAAGGAAAACAGUCCCUUUAUCAACAACACAGACAAUGACAAAGCCAACAGCUACGAUGGCACCAACAUGGCGCUCUUUGAGGAGGAGAUGGACAGCAACCCUAUGGUGUCAUCGCUCCUCAAUAAACUGGCAAACUACACCAACCUCACCCAGGGGGCCCAGGAGCACGAGGAGGCCGAUGACGAUGAGGGGCCCAAGAAGAAAGCUGUUAAGAGCCCUCAGAUGGGGACCUUCAUGGGUGUCUACCUCCCCUGCCUCCAGAACAUUCUGGGGGUCAUCCUGUUUCUGCGUCUUACCUGGAUCGUCGGCACUGCUGGCAUCUUGGAGUCCCUGGCUAUUGUCUGCUUGUGCUGCUCCUGUACCAUGCUAACAGCCAUAUCCAUGAGUGCAAUCGCUACUAAUGGUGUUGUGCCAGCUGGAGGCUCCUACUACAUGAUUUCCAGAUCUCUGGGCCCAGAGUUUGGCGGAGCUGUGGGUCUCUGUUUCUACCUGGGCACAACCUUCGCUGGCUCCAUGUACAUUCUCGGUACUAUAGAGAUUCUCCUGACCUACAUUGUGCCUAAAGCAGCCAUCUUUGUGGCAGAAAGAAAGGAAGAUGAGGUGGAUGCAUUGCUGAAUAACAUGCGUGUUUACGGCACUUGCUGCCUCACACUGAUGGCUAUAGUUGUAUUUGUUGGGGUGAAAUAUGUCAACAAGCUCGCGCUAGUCUUCCUGGCCUGCGUCAUUCUCUCCAUCCUCGCCAUCUAUGCUGGAGUCAUCAAGACUAUCUUUGAGCCACCAGACUUUCCUGUUUGCAUGUUGGGGAAUCGCACUCUGCAGAACCACAACUUUGACAGUUGUCUAAAGACAGAGAUUAUAGAUAACUUGACAGUUACCACCAAGCUGUGGAAGCUGUUCUGUGAUGGACCUGAGCUCAAUGCCACCUGCAGCGAAUAUUUUGACAACAACAAUGUGACCGAGGUGCAGGGCAUCCCCGGACUGACCAGUGGAGUCAUUUCAGAAAAUAUGUGGUCAGUGUACGGCCCUCUGGGUAUGCUGGUAGAGGACAAAAAGAUGUCAUCUAUUGGUGGGAGUGAUCCUGCCCAGGAUGUGUACAUGCCCUAUGUAGUCAAUGACAUCACCACCUUCUUCACACUGCUGGUCGGCAUUUACUUCCCAUCUGUCACUGGUAUCAUGGCUGGUUCAAACCGGUCUGGUGACCUGCGGGACGCCCAGAAGUCCAUCCCCAUUGGGACCAUCCUGGCUAUUGCUACCACCUCAGUCAUCUACAUCAGCUGUGUGAUUCUGUUUGGUGCCUGCAUCGAGGGAGUUCUGCUUCGAGACAAAUUUGGUGAUGCAGUAAAAGGGAACCUUGUAAUAGGCACACUAUCAUGGCCUUCGCCCUGGGUCAUUGUGAUUGGCUCCUUCUUCUCCUGCUGCGGAGCUGGGCUGCAGAGUUUAACCGGCGCCCCACGCCUGCUGCAGGCCAUCGCACGAGAUGGCAUCGUACCUUUCUUGCAGGUGUUUGGUCAUGGGAAAGCUAAUGGAGAACCUACCUGGGCUCUGCUGCUGACCGCAGGGAUCUGCGAGAUCGGUAUCCUCAUCGCCUCCCUGGACGCUGUGGCUCCCAUCCUUUCCAUGUUUUUCCUCAUGUGCUACUUGUUCGUCAACCUGGCCUGUGCGGUUCAGACCCUGCUGAGGACACCUAACUGGAGACCACGCUUCAAAUACUACCACUGGGCUCUGUCCUUCCUGGGAAUGAGCUUGUGUCUUGCUCUCAUGUUCAUCUGUUCCUGGUAUUAUGCCAUUGUGGCCAUGGGUAUCGCUUCCUGCAUCUACAAAUACAUUGAAUACAGGGGGGCAGAGAAGGAGUGGGGAGACGGCAUCAGAGGGCUGUCUCUCAAUGCAGCACGCUACGCCCUCAUUCGCCUCGAGGACGCUCCACCACACACCAAAAACUGGAGGCCUCAGCUGCUGGUACUCCUGAAUCUCGACUCAGAUCAAGGAGUCAAACACUCUCGUCUACUGUCCCUCACCACUCAGCUGAAGGCAGGAAAGGGCCUCACAAUAGUUGGAAAUGUUUUGGAGGGAACCUAUCUCACCAAAGACACAGAAGCAAAGAAGGCUGAGCAGAACAUCAAGUCUGCCAUGUCAGCAGAGCGAACAAAGGGCUUCUGCCACGUUGUGGUGUCCUCUAACCUCAGAGAUGGCGUCUCCCACCUCAUCCAGUCCGCAGGGCUGGGAGGCAUGAAGCACAACACAGUCCUGAUGGCCUGGCCUGGGACCUGGAGGCAGUCCAAUGACCCGCAGUCCUGGAAGAACUUUAUAGAGACAGUACGAGAGACCACAGCGGCCCAUCAGGCCUUGCUUGUAGCUAAGAAUGUGGACAGUUUCCCCACCAACCAGGACCGGCUGGGGGAGGGCACCAUUGACGUGUGGUGGGUGGUCCACGAUGGAGGCAUGCUGAUGCUGCUGCCCUUCCUGCUGCGACAGCACAAGGUGUGGAGGAAGUGUAAGAUGCGUAUCUUCACUGUGGCCCAGAUGGAUGACAACAGCAUCCAAAUGAAGAAAGAUCUCCAGAUGUUCCUGUACCACCUGCGGCUGGAUGCAGAAGUGGAAGUGGUGGAGAUGCAUGACAAUGACAUCUCGGCCUUCACCUAUGAGAAAACACUUGUGAUGGAGCAGAGGUCUCAGAUGCUCAAACAGAUGCAACUUUCCAGGACUGAGAGGGAGAGAGAGAUUCAGAGUAUCACUGACGAAUCACGUAGCUCAAUCCGAAGGAAGAACCAGGGCGCUGCCCAGGGCACCAGCCUCAGCCGGCAGUCCUCAACGGCGGAGGACACUCAGGAGGACGAGGCCCAGCUGAUCCACGACAGAAACACAGCAUCUCACACCACCAUAAACGAUAAGGCCGACACUGCACCCGAGCGGGUUCACAUGACCUGGACCAAGGACAAGCUCUUCACGGAGCGUAACCGUAACCGCGAGUGCAAUGCCAACGUGGCUGUGCGCGACCUGUUUAACAUGAAACCAGAGUGGGAGAGUCUGAACCAGUCAAAUGUUCGUCGGAUGCACACAGCUGUCAAGCUGAACGAGGUGGUGGUCAACAAGUCACAGGGAGCUCACCUGGUUCUGCUCAACAUGCCCGGACCACCGAAGAACAGAGGAGGAGACGAAAACUACAUGGAGUUUCUGGAGGUUCUCCUCGAGGGUCUGAACCGGGUCCUCCUGGUGCGAGGCGGCGGCCGUGAAGUCAUCACCAUCUACUCUUAAGAAAAAAAAAAACCUCUCACGCCCCACCCUGCACACAUGGGCUGUUGCCAUGGAUACCGGUCACCGGGCAUUUUCGGGGAAAGAAGCCUAAUUUUGGUUUUUAUGAUGGGCGGGGGUUGUUGGAAGGCGGGACCACUUGUGAUUGACAGAUUGAUGGACCUCAGGAUGAAGGAAACGGCGUCAAAUCAGUUGACUGGCUGAGCGAGCACAGUGUGCGUCCACGCCGGGCCACUGUACCCCCCCGCACAUGGAAGAUAGAGCAUAGAGACACUUUAUAUUGUUCAUUUAACUCUGAAGACGUCGUUCUGUUCUGUUACAUUUUCAUAUUCUCUCCCUCUUGUGUUUAUGUUGUCACGUUACUGGCGCUCACUGUGUACAGAUAAGCAAAGAAUGUGUGCUGUCGACAUGAAUCUCAUAGUCUUUUGUGUUGUCUGGUGCACUCUGGGAGGUGGAGGGACGUUUGCUGGACCUGAGAGACGGACGAAGUUACUGAAUGGCUUUGAAUGGUCAUAACAUACUGGAUUUUCAAUAUUAGAUACAGUUUGGUGAUCUGUGUGUUCUGCAGCAUAAUUUGUGCUUAAUGUUUUCAUUUCGAAUUACUUUUAAGAAACUGCUUUCAGUCUGAGAAGAGCCGUGUGUUUCAAAGCUUCCUGUUAGGUUGUAGAGCCGUCAGUAUUGCAGAACAAGGGUCAUGUGUGUAGCUGGAGGUCCUCCCUAAAGCAGCAUUUGUAGCUGUAGUGUUGUGUGGUUGUUCGCCUUGUCUAUGAUUUAAUGAAGGACAUGUGCUCGCCACAUGUUGGAUCACCUUCUGUUAGGUGGAUGUGAUACUGGAUCAUCGGUCACUAUCUCCCACUCUCAAACACUAUCAAUAAGGAAAAUAGCCAUAGUUAAUACUCUAGGACCCUUUAUAAGCUUUGUAGAAUGACAUAUUAAUGCACAUGUAUACAUGUUAACGCUGACUGAAGUAGUGCUCAGUUUAGAGUGACCAUAGAUUUUUUCAGUUCCAAGGGCUGUUUGACAGCAUGCAGUAGUUUAAUGCUAAUUAAUUCACACAUUUAAUCUUUAAAUCGCCAUCAAAAUUUUUGGCAUUUAACAACAUGUAUAUGAACAUAAUUGUUCCCACAUGGACGUAGUUACAGCACUGUUGACUUUGCACUACCGAUUGUUCAGCACUUAAUUCAUUCUCACCUGGCUCUGUCGCCUGCAGUGACACUCUCUACUGUUCAAUACAUUGCAACAUUAGUGGAGCAAGAUACUGAGAAUUAAGAUCAUGGGGUCAUGAAACAUGCACACAGCACGUAAUUCCAUAUUUACUUCUCCCGUUUCAAUGUUUUUAUAAUAUUUUACCUAAUGAAACUCUUCAGGCUUUGAGUCCCAGACUGAGUAGAUUAAUGUAGGAGAAAAAGUGCCAAAAUGACUACAAAAGAAACUGUGGAAGUAUAAUCAAUGCAUCUUAGAGCAUGGCCACCACUUUUUAUUGACAAUCUUUAAAAAAAAAAAAAAGAAAAAAGAAAGAAAGAAAAAGAGCAAAAUUUAUUUUUUUAUGGUAGAAUUCUUUUAAAAUUCUGCAAAUUGAUAAUUGAAUUUCCCAAAUUGUGAAAAAUGAAAAAAAGUGUUAGAUGGAAGACUAAUUUCUUAUGCAAACCUCCACAGUUUCUUUUAUAAAAUUAGCUGUGCAGUAUUUUGUAAAGCAGAAAGUCGAAUUCUCCUGCACGUCUUUGCAGGGAAAUUAGAACUUCUGAUUAUCAGUUAUGCAACAUCCGUGUUUUGUUGUGUUUUGUUCAGUUGUCGAUGUAUGCCUGUGUUACUUUAUAGUUCUGGUCUAUGUAGUGUUUGUUACAUUAUAAUUGAUCUUCUGUUACUUUAAGUGUUAAUUUUCUGUGUGAUUUUUAUGGACGGAGGCAGAGAGUAAGGCGGUAUGUGUGAAGACGACAGCAGAUGUGAAGUUUUUUUGCAUUUUGUUCCAUCCCAUCAGAAACACAUCAUGCACAGCACACAGGACUGAACACCCUGAGGAUACAGAGGCACCCUGGAUUGAGAGUUCUUAAAAAAAAACAGAGGGAAGCAACCAGGGUACAAAUGAAUAGUUUAAUUACUCUGUUAAUAUAUGAAGUUCAAAUUAUUUCACUUCGUUCAGUUUUAUAUUUUUAGACCACCAAAGAUUAAAAAAAAACAUAGUUCUGUAUAAAUAAACUUGAAAAUGUUUAGUUUUAAGAAGUUUGAAACAUAGAAAGAUAAAUUAUUAAAGAUGUUUUUUUGUUGUUUUAAUUUGGUUACUGACCUGAAUAUCAGUUGCUGUGCAUAAAGAAAUCAUGGAGAACCCCAAACAGAAGAUGCUAAAAAAAAGAAAAAAUAACCGUUUCUGGAGGUAAAUAGGACUGUGAGCAGUGUGUGUUUCCCAGCUCUAAUGUUUGAGGUGACUGGAGAAUGUUAUCUACCUCAAGGUGUCACUGAGGCUCGGCUGAAGAAAUAAAAACUCGUUCAAUCACAACUCUCUUUCAGAACUGAUGUUCCAUGUGGAUUGGUGAAAGGAAAAAGAGCCUCUGCGAUGUGAGAGGACCAGCAGAGUGGUGUGCAUGUGUGUGUGUGUGUGUGUUUGUGUGAGAGAGUGUGUAUGUCUGUGUCACUGUGAGGUGAAGUGGUUUGUGUUUCUGCUGGAGUCCAGCUCAGCUGGCAGACCUCACAGGCUGGAACAGGAAGUCACUUGUGGGCACACAUGUAGAGGAAGGUAGCCCUGUAAAUUGUAUUUGUGCCUCUGAGUAAUUAUUAAAAGUGCUGAAAUAAA